GAGAAAAAAAAAAAAAGUAAUUGUUUGUGCUCUUUUUGACUGAUCAAUGAGAAUAUCUGCGAUAUGUAUCCUGAUUGCCGAUAUCAUAUACUAUUGUAAGUCUGUUGUAGCUGCUUCAUCCAGUCACAUUGUUGUAAUCGGUUCCGUGACGACAUGCCGACGGUCCUAUGAGCAUAUAACCGAACUAUAUAAUUACGCAGAGAGAAAUUCAGAGCUUCAUGGCUUUUUUUUCAAAAAUACUCCAGCAGCUCACUGUCUGAAAGAAGGAGCAUACUAUAAAGCAUUAUACUUUGGUCCUACUCACAAUGCUAAUCCAAAGACCAAAUUUGGAUGUUCAGUUCCAACUGGAGCAUGGGUCUGCCGAUUUCAGUGUCGGAGAUGACAUUAAGGGAACGGCUUUCAUUAUCCCACGAAAGAGUAUCUCUCCACAUCAGCUGAGCAUUUAUCUUGAAGCCGCUCAUGCUCAAAUCAUCAACAGACUCAGGACUACUGCAAGGAGGUUUGAGACACGAGAUAUCAUUCGGGUUCACGGUUCCUCCAAGGAUAAGAGGUUCGGUGUGCCAGCAAUUUUGUCACCAUCAGCAGGUCCAGGAAGAGCAUUCUCUCCUUCCUCCGAGCAUAGGGCAAGACGAUAUGACGCCCAGCGAGAUAUCGGUCGAAUACAACAUAAAGCUCAGCUUGACGAGGGGUAUCAACCGAGACGGGAUGCCAGCAGUAGCUGA